AUGGUUUUCCAAGUUACAGUGCCUGUGGGCGAAGCCCAGCCAGGUGAGACUGCUCCAAGAAGAUACUAUAAGUAUAAGGAUGCCCCGAUAACCCUUCCACCCGGCUACAAAUCGCGCACCGUGUUUGAAUUCGCAGACGAGGCGAUGGCGACGCAUGGCAACAACAACGCCAUCGGCUACAGAGACUUGAUUGACGUGCACGUCGAAACCAAAAAAAUUACCAAGAUCGUGGACGGCGAGAAGGUCCAGGUUGACAAGGAUUGGUUGUACUACGAGUUGACUCCGUACAAGUACAUCACCUUCAAUGAGUUCCGCUCGCUCUACCACAACUACGGGAAGGGGUUGAUCAAGUUGGGUUUACAGCCAAACCAGGCCGAACGCUUCCACAUCUACGCUGGGACCUCCUACAAGUGGAUGUCCUCCUUCCUCGCGGCGCAGACCCAGGGUAUCCCUGUGGUCACCGCUUACGACACCUUGGGCGAGGCCGGCUUGAUCCAUUCCUUGGAGCAGACCGGCUCCGUCGGUGUGUUCACUGACAAUGCGCUCUUGGGUACCUUGAUCAACCCGGUCAAGAAAUGUCUGGCAAUCAGAUAUAUCAUUCACUCCGAGCCGAUCCUCGAGUCCGACAAGAGACACGGUGGAAAGAUGUACAAGGACGCCGCAGAUGCCGUGGCCAAGCUCAAAGAGGUGAACCCGAAGUUGGUUAUUAUGUCGUUCGACGAAGUUAUUCAGUUGGGGCGUGACGCCGGCGACUCUAUCCCGACCAACCCACCAAAGCCGGAAGACUUGGCCUGUAUCAUGUACACCUCUGGUUCCACCGGUGCGCCAAAGGGUGUGGUGUUGAAGCACGAGAAUAUCAUUGCUGGUAUUGCCGGCCUUUCCGGAAUCGUGGAUAACAAGAAUGUAACCUGCGACGACACCGUGAUUGCCUUCCUUCCGUUAGCACACAUCUUUGAGAUGGUGUUUGAGUUGGUGACCUUCUACUGGGGUGCCGUUUUGGGUUAUGCUACCGUCAAGACCUUGACAGACGCCUCCUUGCGCAACUGCGAGGGUGACAUGAAGGUGUUGAAACCAACCAUGAUGGUGGGUGUAGCCGCUGUCUGGGAGUCCGUCAAGAAGGGGAUCUUGGCCCAGGUGGCCAAGCAACCAGGCUAUGCCCAGAAAGUAUUCUGGGGGGCCUACAAGACCAAGAACGCGAUGACCGCGAAAGGAAUCCCAGGUACCGGCAUCAUUGACAACAUCAUCUUCAAGAAGGUGAAGCUGGCAACCGGUGGGAGAUUAAGAUUGACCAUGAACGGUGGAUCCCCAAUCUCCGCCGACACCCAGAAGUUCAUCUCCACCUUGAUCUGUCCGAUGCUUCUCGGAUAUGGGUUAACCGAAACCUGUGCUAAUACCACCUUGGUCGAUCCGGCGCACUUUGUGCAGGGUGUGGCCGGUGCCGUCACCGGUUCCAUCACCGUCAAGUUGAUCGAUGUCGCCGAGGCGGGCUACUUCGCCAAGAACAACCAGGGUGAGGUCUUAAUCAGAGGUAAGGCCGUCACCGAGGAGUACUACAAGAACCCGGAGGAGACCGGUAAGGCCUUCAACUCCGAGGGCUGGUUCUGCACCGGUGAUAUCGGUGAGUGGACUGCAAACGGGUACUUGAAGCUCGUCGACAGAAAGAAGAACUUGGUCAAAACCUUGAACGGUGAGUACAUUGCGUUGGAGAAGUUGGAGUCCAUCUACCGUUCCAACACCAAUGUCAUCAACAUCUGCUGCUACGCCGACGCCAACCACUCUAAGCCAAUGGGGAUUGUGGUUCCAAACGAGCCGGCCAUCCGCCAGUUGGCCACUGACUUGAAGUUGUACAGCGACGUGACGUCUGUCGAAAUGCACGAGUUGUGCGCGAACCAAAAGUUGUCUAAGGCCGUCACCGACUCUUUGUUGAAGACCGGUAAGUCUCAGGCCUUGGUUGGGAUUGAGUUACUCGUCGGGAUUGUGUUGGUCGAUGAAGAGUGGACCCCACAGAACGGCUUUGUCACUUCUGCCCAAAAGUUGCAGAGAAAGAAGAUAUUGGAGAGCGUUCAGACGGAAGUAGAUGCGUUGUACGCACGUAACUAG